UAAAGUGCCAAAAAAGUAAUGUUAUAUUAAAUUUUGUAAAGAUAAAGAUGUUUAUACAUCGACUUUUGACGUCAAAAAAGUUCAGCAUUUUGUCUAAGAAACCAUUAAAAAUUGUAAAAAGUUUAAACUCCCACCAUGAAUUUUCUACGUCCGUACCAAAUUUUAGUAAUUUCAAGGAUGUUAAUAGUGAUCAGAUGAAUAUUUCGUUAUUCAAUAUUAAAAAGUCAUUAAAAUUAGCUAACAUCGCAUUUGAUGAUGGAUACACAAAUCUUAAAACGAAUUGUCCUGUUUGCGAAGGAGAAGAGAACUCAUCAGAUAUAUACAUUAAUAAAACAACAGGUCAAUUCUUGUGUCCAAAAUGUCGAUAUGGAGCUAAAUUUGGAUUAAUCGAGAAAUUUUUCACAACUUCACGCUCAUCAAAAACUGUUAACGAACUCAAAACAUACCAGAAACUAUUCCUCACUGCCAAAGAACAAUAUCAAAAAGAAAAUGACUUCAUCUUCCAUAGCUACGAACAAGAAUUUCAAGUCGUUACUUCGAAUAUGACAAACGACAUUUUUACUUAUUUCGAAUUUGACGAGAAAGUACCAAAAGAUUCAUUGUUGAGUCUCAAUGCUCGUUAUGAUAGCGUUGGAAAGAGACUUUUGUUUCCUCUGACUGACAUUCUCGGACAAAUCGUUGGAUGCAAAAUUCUUUCAAAAGAUGAGACCGGCAACAAUUUUACAACAGAGACAACCUUUCCUGAUCUUCUUUGCUCUGGUUUUGUAAUUCAUAACAAUGAGAAGAUCACGAAAAAUUCAAAAGACAAAGAUCAGAUGCCUCAUAAAGCUAUUAUAGUAUUAAAUAUCCUCGACAUCCUGGCAUUGAUGUCAACAAAAAUCAACGCAACUUUCAUUUGUCUCCCGUACGGAUUGAAGUUUCUACCUCAAGAAUGUUUACCUGCUUUAGAUCGUUAUGAUGAACUUGUUUUAUGGUUCAAUUACAAUACAGCUGGUUGGGAUAUUGCGAGGAAUUUUGCAAAGAAGUUAGACGAGAAACGUUGCAAUUUUGUUCGACCAACAAACGCACAUCCGACGCCUUACAAAGCUUUGAUAAGCAACAUCGAUAUCAAAGGAAUUCUCAACAAAUCUCAACCGAUUCUACACAAAGCCAUCACAACGUUUUCAUCUCUUAAACAAGAUGUUUUAAGUGAUCUGCAGAAUAUUGACAAAGUUCAAGGUGUUAAAUGGAAAAGAUAUCCGACACUUAACAAAUAUCUUAAAGGACAUCGCAAAGGUGAACUUACAAUAUUGACAGGUCCAACAGGUUGUGGUAAAACGACUUUCAUGUCGGAUUAUUCACUUGAUCUUGCAAUUCAAGGAGUUAACACACUUUGGGGUUCAUUUGAGAUUAGAAACACAAGAUUAGCUAGCACUUUAUUACGUCAGUUUGCAGGCAAGCCGCUUCUCGAUGUUCCAAGUGACGAAAAUAUGCUUGAAUUUGAACAUUAUGCGAAUGCUUUUGAAAUGUUGCCGAUUUAUUUCAUGACAUUUCAUGGUGAGCAACAAAUAAAGAAUGUAAUGGAAGCGAUUGAACAUGCAACAUAUGUUCAUGAUGUUAAUCAUGUUAUUAUUGAUAACGUGCAGUUUAUGAUGGGAAUUUCAGAAGAAGCAAAACAUAUUGACAGGUUUUGGAAACAAGAUGCAAUCAUUGCUGCUUUUAGAACUUUCGCAACGAGGAAGAAUUGUCAUGUGACGUUAGUUAUUCAUCCUCGAAAAGAGAAAGAAAGUGACGAUCUUACAACAAGUUCAAUUUUUGGAGGUGCAAAAGCAACACAAGAAGCUGACAAUGUUCUUAUAAUUCAGGAUAAAAGAUUGACAUCAGUCAGGGGAAAGAAAUAUUUACAGAUUGCAAAAAAUCGCUAUUCGGGAGACCUUGGAAUUAUGCCACUUGAAUUCGAUAAACAAAGCCUCAGCUACGCUCAGAAGAUUAAAAAGAAACUUGAAUCGUCAGAUCAACAAACAAAGUCAGAAAUGGAAUCAUCACAAAACGAAUCUGACGAAAUCAAAGUUCUGUGAUUUUAAUGAGUUUUCUUGUUGUUAUCGUCGGGCCAAUCUAUCUACUUAUGAAAAUAGAAAUUUUAUAUUUUAUUGAAUUUAAAAUUAAAGUUUUUUUUCCGCUUCAGGAGAAAAUGAGAAAUAAAAAGUUUUUAAAUGAAA